CGCGCGCGCGCGAAGAUGGCGGCGCCGGGCUGGCCGGAGCGGCUGGCCCAGCAGGCCGAGGCGGGCUCGGCGCGGCUGCGGGAGCUGCUGGCGCGCGGCCUGGGCUUCCUGCGCGCCGAGCUGGGCCUCGACCUGGGGCUGGAGCCGCGGCGCUACCCGGCCUGGGUGCCGGCGCUGGCGGCGGGCGCGCUCGGGCUGCUGCUGCUCGCGCUGCUGGGCUACGGCUGGGCCGCGGCGUGCGCGGGCGCCCGCAGGAAGCGCCGCGGCCCCCCGCGCCGCCGGGCCGAGGACGCGGCCGCCCCCGCCCCCGCCGCCGCCGCCCCCGCCGCGCCCCCCGCCGACCCGGCGCUGCUGCGGACGCUGCGCGCCGACGAGCACCGGCGCAAGGGCCGCAGGAAGCCGCCCGACAGGCCCAAGCCAAAUGGACGGACUGUCGAAGUGGCCGAGGAAGAAGUUGUUCGGACUCCUCGGAGUGCAACAGCAAAACAACCAGUAGAGACAGACAAGAAAAAUGAAAAGUCAAAGAAAAAUAAGAAGAAAUCAAAGUCAGAUGCUAAAGCAGUGCAGAGCAGUUCACGCCACGAUGGAAAGGAAGUUGAUGAAGGAGCCUGGGAAACUAAAAUUAGUCACAGAGAGAAACGACAGCAGCGUAAGCGCGAUAAGGUGCAGACUGAUUCUGCUCCAUUGGAUUCAACUCUCCCUGGGAUAGAAAAUACCAUCACAGUAUCCACCGAGCAACUUACAACCGCAUCAUUUCCUGUUGGUUCCAAGAAGAAUAAAGGUGAUUCUCAUCUAAAUGUUCAAGUUAGCAACUUUAAGUCUGGAAAAGGAGAUUCUACACUUCAGGUUUCUUCGGGACUGACUGAGAACCUCACUGUAAAUGGAGGCGGCUGGAAUGAAAAGUCGCUGAAGCUCUCCUCCCACGUCAGUGCAGGUGAGGAGAAGUGGAACUCCGUCGCACCUGCUCCUGCGGGCAAGAGGAAGGCGGAGCCGGCUGCGUGGGGCCAGGACCCGGGCGACGCAGACGCCAACGGGAAGGACUGGGCAAGGAGCUGGAGUGACCGCUCCCUGUUUUCUGGCAUCGGGUCUCCUGCUGAGCCAGUUUCUCAAUCUGCCACUUCUGAUUAUCAGUGGGAUGUUAGCCGUAAUCAGCCCUAUAUCGAUGAUGAAUGGUCUGGGUUAAAUGGUCUGUCUUCUGCUGAUCCCAGCUCUGAUUGGAAUGCGCCCGCAGAAGAGUGGGGGAACUGGGUCGACGAAGGAAGAGCUUCACUGCUGAAGUCCCAGGAACCGGGUCCCGAUGACCAAAAAGUUUCAGAUGACGAUAAGGAAAAAGGAGAGGGGACUCUUCCAGCCGGGAAGUCGAAAAAGAAGAAAAAGAAAAAGAAGAAGCAAGGCGAAGAAAACUCUCCCGCACAGGACGCAGAAGAUUUAGAAAAAGAGGUCAAAGAAGAGCUCGCAGUGAACGCCUCUAAAGUUCAUCCAAAACAGGAAAAAUCUUUUUCUUCUUCGAAGACCACAAGCACUAGUGACCCAGCUGAAGCGCCCAUCAAAAAUAGCCAGCCUCCCAAGACGCUUCCACCUGCUGCUUCUGCCGAGCCAUCUGCUCCUUUAUCGAAAAGCGAUUCUGACAAGAGCUCUUCCCAAGUGCCACUGACGCCACAAGAGACGGAGAAACCCAAGUCCAAUACUAAGCAAAAUAGCGUGCCUCCUUCACAGACCAAGUCUGAAACUAGCUGGGAAUCUCCCAAACAGAUAAAAAAGAAGAAAAAAGCCAGACGGGAAACGUGAAUUUUUCUCCCCUUUUUUUGCUGAAAUGGACAUGUGUUUGCUAACACUGUCUUGAAGAUUAUGCUGUUUAUGCAAUAAUUUGUGAACAUGUACAGAGUUUUAUAGAAAUUUAAACCAAUUUUUAAAACUGUGAACACAACCACCAUCAAAAUGGAAUCAAAGGAAAGUUGAUUUAUGGAAUUCAGAGGUCAACAGAGUGUACCCCCGUGCUGGAAAGUGCUUGAGAAAGUCUCUUCAAGUUCAUACAGACGACAGGCCUUGGUUGAAGAAUAUUCUGGUUUUACUACAGUGCCCUGUUUACAACAGAUUGUUCCCUGUCUCGCCUGCGGCUGUGGAGUCAAGGGUUCUGACCGGAGCUCCUUGGACCUUAUGCACGGAACUGACGCCGUUUGAAUCUGUUUUAUGCUUAAAUCAAAGUGCUUUGAUCAAAUGCAUAAUCUGCCAUAUCUUUACAUAUAUAUAUGUUGGUAACGGUUUGUAUUCGAGGAAUCACAAGUGCAAAUAAAAAGGCUUUUAUCGUUUGUGGAACCGAACUGUCCUGGUUUAGUUUACUAGUUUUAAAGAGUUCUUAAAGCAUUGAAAACACAGCUGACAUUUGUUUUAUGGCUUACGAAGUUAUUUUUGAUAGUCUUACAUACUUGAAUUGUUCAAAGUUCAGUAUAUUUUAAAUUAAAAAAGGUAAACUAUAUGUAUUUGUUUAACACCUUGAAGGGUCAGGCUCAAAUAAUGCUCUUGUUUAUGAUUUAGAAACGUUCAGGCAAAAUCCAAUUUACACUUUCCUUCCCCGGCAGUUAACAUUUUCAAGCAUCAACUGUUUAAUAGUAAGACUUUUUUUCAUUCACAAAUGAAAGAUUCACAAAACUCGCUCUACGGAGAGUGCUUCGAGAAUAUGAUGGAGAAUGCGAAACGAGAGUCAGACAGCUUUAAUUGACAUUGUCAAGACCUCCAGUUAUCAGGAAUACAUUUUUUUACUGCCUUAACCUGUAGUGCGUAAAAUGUGCAUCAGUUUCUUGGAGGGGAUUCGUGUUUUUAUAAGAAUUUUCAUGUUAAUUAUUGCAAUCGUGGUCAAACAAGGAGUGUUUCCUGCUCGAAACUGUGUUGAUUUCAAUGAUGUGUGAGGUGUUUCACCAUUUUCAGGCACUGUGUAACCUAUUGUCAUAAGCUGGCAGGUAUCUUUGUAACUAUAAAUAGUGCACGCUCGGCCAUGUACACUGUAAAUAGCCUCUACCAAACGUGUUUGACAUGGACCAUAAGUAGCAUCACUUAGUGAAUUGUGAUCAAGAAGAAAAGCCAUGAUUUCUUUUUUUUUUUACGUGAUUGGCUCAACUGCUUUCAAACGUGACACCCAGAAUGACACCGUGUCACAGCUGUAACCAUUGAUACUGGGCUCGCCAUCCACAGCCACUGUCGUCUUGAUUAGAUCUGCCUGUGGUUUGAUAGGAUCGCGGUGUCGGACUAGGAAAGCUGGAGAAACGAACGGCCUUAGUGUUGCUGAAGACCGGCCUUGCUCCAGGCAGCUUCCCUAGCAGGCAAGGACUAGCUUUGGUCAGGUGUUAACAUCCGUUUCAGGAACACGGCGGUAUGUUUACAUGUCAGAAGUUUUUUGUUUCCUUCUAUGGUAUUUCUAAGUUGAUUUGUUUAAAUAAAUUCAACAAAUGGAUAGCAUUGUUUUCAUUCGCUUCAGCAUUGGGGGUGAGUCAGCUCAAGAGCCAGGGACGGGAUCUCUCAAGACGCGGGUGCCAGGACGGCUGAGCUUCCGGCGCUCCGUGAGGUACCCCAAGGAGAAGCCGCUCGGGCUCUGUCGGUCGAACAUGCCAAAAGCUCAAAGGAUUGGACUGAACUCUCUCAACUCUACCUCACCGUUUCUUUCUCGGGAUUUUGUUGGCUCUGUCACGCGUUGGGCUUUCUCUCUCCAGCUCGCCCCUCCCCCCCGCCCCAGCCCACGCCAGCUGCGAGAGGUGGGCAAGCGCCCCCCGAAGCUGGGGGAACCAGCUCGGGGCCCGGCGUCUCCCCUCCUGCUCCGAAGCUGGGAAGGACGCGCAGCUCACCUCUUAAGAGAUGGCAGCUGUGAGCUGUAGAAAUCAGCCGGUCCGUUGCUCCUACCUGGUUCCCAAGAUCUUUAUGUGAGCAGAACGCAGUGUCUGGCUCCCGAGCAGAGGAACUUAGCUGCCCGGACAGGUGCGGGGAAGGUCACUGAGCCCCUGAGGCUCCGGCAGGCCUGCAGGGGGAACCCUGGUGUCACUUGCAGACAGGGUCUCCAGAGAAAGGGUCUCCCGUACCUGCCCCCUGUGGGCCGGGGAGUAGGCUGCAGUCCUACCUGUUCCUUCGCCGGGACGAGCAAAACAAUAGUUGAGAGAGUCCAAAAUAAGGGAUCUACGUAAAAUGUUAAUGUUAUUUACCUUGUUUACUUUCUGCAUGCAUUUUCUUGGGGGGAGGGGCGGAGUUCUUCCGAACCUAAUGGUAUUAUUUCAUAGACUAAUCUGGUUUGUAUUUGAGUUAAAGAUAUUUAAGGGCAAUAUUUAACUACAGAGUUUAGUUUUUCUUAAUUGGAAAUGGUCCUUCUAGUGCGACAUAUCUUUUGAAAUUUAGACUUUAGGUUUAAGAUGUCGAGUAGAUGUCUUAAGACUUUCCUGUAAACUCAUUGCACAAACUGGAAUUACUUUCCAAAAGACUUAGGGAAUGCAAAUGUUAUUUGUAAAAUGCAUUGAGGAUUGUAAAUAAACCGUUUUUGUUUUGUUAA